CGUCGCGCGGCCCCGUCGGGGUGCGGCCGGCCCGCCCGAGGCGAGCGGCCUCGGAGCGGAGCCGGGCGGCCGUCGCACUGUGCUGCCCUCGGGUGCGCCUGCAGCCCGGACUUGACGGCGGGGCUCCCGGAGCGAAGGCGUCCCUGCUCGGCCGGGCGUGCGGGGCCCGCGGGAAGGAGUCUCGCCCGCUGGGCAGGGUGGCGGCCUCGGCGGCUUGCACCCCAGCUGGGGCUGCGGAGAAGGGCUCACCAGCUCACAGGGACUCCGUCCGGCCUUAGGAACGAGGGACGUGCUGUCUGAGCACGCGUUGCUCGAGCGCAGUGUGUUGGGGCACAACGGGGAACCGGAGGCAGUCCCCGCCCUGAUCGGGGGUCUGGUGGGCACGGAGCCCGUGGACUGCGAGCCCCAGGGCCCUGCGCUCAGGGUGUUGUGGGCACCCAGAGGAGGGACCCCCUCCCUCCCCUGCUCAGUGCUCAGCUACUGUUUCGUGCAUCGAGUGCGCAGCGGAGGCGGAGAACCCUUGCACACACCACGCUCCCCUGGUGAAGUCUCCCUUGGCCCUUUGCCUCCGUCCUCCGCUCAGAUGAGCGUCUGUUCUCCUGGGCCCUUCAUGGCAUCACUGACCCUCCCUUUACUUACCGUGCCACCAGCGCAUACCCAGAGUGGCACCGUGAAGCCUGUCCGAGAAGGCAACGUUUGCAGCAGGUCAAUGGCCAGCAAGGAGGGGGGUCCGAGCCGGCGGCGGCGGCAGUGGUGGCAGCGGGAGACAAAUGGAAACCUCCACAGGGGACAGACUCCAUCAAGAUGGAGAACGGGCAGAGCACAGCCGCGAAGCUGGGACUGCCUCCUCUGACGCCCGAGCAGCAAGAGGCCCUCCAGAAGGCCAAGAAGUACGCCAUGGAGCAGAGCAUCAAGAGCGUGCUGGUGAAGCAGACCAUCGCGCACCAGCAGCAGCAGCUCACCAACCUGCAGAUGGCAGCAGUGACAAUGGGCUUUGGAGAUCCUCUCUCACCUUUGCAAUCGAUGGCAGCUCAGCGGCAACGGGCACUGGCCAUCAUGUGCCGGGUCUACGUGGGUUCCAUCUACUAUGAGCUUGGGGAGGACACCAUUCGCCAGGCUUUUGCUCCCUUUGGACCCAUCAAGAGCAUUGACAUGUCCUGGGACUCUGUCACCAUGAAGCACAAGGGCUUUGCCUUUGUGGAGUAUGAGGUCCCAGAAGCCGCACAGCUCGCCUUGGAGCAGAUGAACUCGGUGAUGCUGGGAGGCAGGAACAUUAAGGUGGGCAGACCCAGCAACAUAGGGCAGGCCCAGCCUAUCAUAGACCAGCUGGCUGAGGAGGCACGAGCUUUCAACCGCAUCUAUGUGGCUUCUGUGCACCAGGACCUUUCAGAUGAUGACAUCAAGAGUGUAUUUGAGGCCUUUGGCAAGAUCAAAUCUUGCACGCUCGCCCGGGACCCUACAACUGGCAAGCACAAAGGUUAUGGUUUCAUUGAGUAUGAGAAGGCCCAGUCGUCCCAGGAUGCCGUGUCUUCCAUGAACCUCUUUGAUCUGGGUGGCCAGUACUUGCGAGUGGGCAAGGCUGUCACCCCCCCGAUGCCCCUGCUUACACCUGCCACACCUGGGGGCCUCCCACCUGCUGCUGCUGUGGCUGCAGCUGCGGCCACAGCCAAGAUCACAGCUCAGGAAGCAGUGGCUGGAGCAGCGGUGCUGGGUACCCUGGCCACGCCUGGACUGGUGUCCCCUGCACUGACUCUGGCCCAGCCUCUGGGGGCUUUGCCCCAGGCUGUCAUGGCUGCCCAGGCCCCGGGAGUCAUCACAGGUGUGACCCCAGCCCGGCCUCCCAUUCCGGUCACCAUCCCCUCUGUGGGAGUGGUAAACCCCAUCCUGGCCAGCCCUCCAACGCUGGGUCUCCUGGAGCCCAAGAAGGAGAAGGAAGAGGAGGAGCUGUUUCCCGAGUCAGAGCGGCCAGAGAUGCUGAGUGAGCAGGAGCACAUGAGCAUCUCGGGCAGCAGCGCCCGCCACAUGGUGAUGCAGAAGCUGCUCCGCAAGCAGGAGUCCACAGUGAUGGUUCUGCGCAACAUGGUGGACCCCAAGGACAUCGACGACGACCUGGAGGGGGAGGUGACCGAGGAGUGUGGCAAGUUUGGUGCUGUCAACCGCGUCAUCAUCUACCAGGAGAAGCAGGGCGAGGAGGAGGAUGCGGAGAUUAUCGUCAAGAUUUUUGUGGAGUUUUCCAUAGCCUCCGAGACUCACAAGGCUAUCCAGGCCCUCAAUGGGCGCUGGUUUGCUGGCCGCAAGGUGGUGGCUGAAGUGUAUGACCAGGAGCGUUUUGAUAACAGUGACCUUUCUGCGUGACCUUGGCCCGGUUGCCUGGACUUGCACUUGCUCCUUGUUUCCUCUGGGUUUUCUAGUGAUGUGUUGGGGUCUCAGGCCCAGCCGCCCGCGGGGGGAUAAAGGUGCAGAUGCCGUUGGCCCUCGA